AUGGCUUUUUAUGAAAAAAUUUUAUUAUCAAAACAACGUUUCUCUAUUACAUCCGAUGGAGUUGAUAAUGUUCAUCGACCGAUCUCACCGAUUUCUCCACCGAUCUCACCACCUCCACCUUAUACACCAAUGCCACCAACUUUUGUUCCGGUUCACCCACCUCAAAAUUUAUCUAAAGUUGUGGUUAGACCUCAACAACCACCACGUAGACGUAUUUCUUCAAAAAACAAUUUUGUAAAUGAUUAUUAUAAUAACGGUGUCAAAAAUGAUUUUAAAUACCAUAAAUACCCUCAAAAUCAACAAAACCAUCAAUAUUCGCACAAAAGAAGACAACCAAACCAUUAUCAACAAAGACAACAAUAUCACCAAAGACGUGGAAAUGAAUUUAAUCAAAUGUUUAUUCCUGUACAAGUUUGUACUCCUUCAAAUGGAAACGGUAUUCAUCAAAAAGUUCAACAAAUUUUAAUUCCAAUAACAACUCCACGACAUGGUGUUAUUCAUGGUGGUAAUAAUCAUGGUCAAUUUGUACAUAUCCCUCCUCCUCCAAGGUAUAUUCCUGCUUUGCCUCCACCUAAUCAAUUUCAUCUUGUGAAACUGGUUAAAAAUCCUGUUAUGAAUUGUUGA